AUGUCCGACUUUUGGGUUAAAUACCUUGACAACCCAACAUUGUCAGUUCUCCCCCAUGACUAUUUGAAACCAGCAAACAACAAAUCAGUUGAAAGCAGUUUGAGCUUCUCCAUUGCUGAUAAAGUCUCUGAUUUCACCACCGGAUUAGCAGUAUUCGCUGCAUUGGUUUACAGAUUGACUGGUGAUGAGGACAUAGUCAUUUCGACCGAUGAGUCAUCUGGAUCUCGUGAAUUCAUCAUCAGGUUGAACUUGACACCAGAAUUGAAGUUUAGUGAGUUGGCAGACAAGGUACGAAAAGAGUUUGAAAACAAUGUCAAGCAGAUUGAUUACCAAACAUUGACUGAGGUUUCGGAAAAUAUUAGAAUUGCCAAAAAGUUGGAAGACAACCCUGGCCUUUUCAAAGUAUCGUACCAACACUCAAAUCCUAAUGAGCAGUUGAAUACCACUGUACAAGGGUCGGUUAGAGACUUAGCCAUAUACACCAAUGGAACAGAUUAUACCAUUUUUUAUAAUGCCUUGUUGUAUUCCCAUGAUAGAAUCAACAUAUUCCGUGAACAGUUUUCCCAUUUUGUGGCUGAAGUUUUGAGAUACCCCAGCGUUGUCAUUACUAAAGUGAAUUUAGUAACGCCAUCUCAAAAAGCCAAUUUGCCAGAUCCUACCAUCGACUUGGACUGGUCAGGAUAUCGUGGUGCGAUCCAAGAUAUCUUUCAAUCGAAUGCUGAGAAGCACCCUGAAAAGACUUGUGUAGUGGAAACAGCUUCCUUUAUGGAUCCAAACUCAAAAACCAGACACUUUACUUAUAAACAAAUCAAUCAAGCAUCAAACAUAGUGGGUAAUUAUUUGAAAGAAACUGGAAUCAAAAAGGGAGAUAUCGUUAUGAUUUAUGCUUAUCGUGGUGUUGAUUUGAUGGUUGCAGUAAUGGGAGUUUUGAAAGCAGGAGCAACAUUUUCAGUUAUAGACCCAGCAUACCCACCAGCAAGACAAAAUAUCUACCUUUCUGUUGCGAAGCCCAAAGGGUUGAUCGGAUUGGAAAAAGCAGGGACUUUGGACAAGUUGGUUACCGACUACAUCGACAAUGAGUUGGACGUUAUUACUUCCAUCCCGCAAUUGAAAAUCAAUGAUGACGGGUCUUUGGUUGGGGGCAAGUUGAAUGGAAAGGAUGUUCUUGAAGAGUAUACCAAGUUUAAGGAUCAACCAACUGGAAUUAUUGUUGGUCCUGAUUCAAAUCCAACCUUGUCCUUCACUUCGGGUUCAGAAGGUAUUCCAAAAGGUGUCCUUGGUCGUCAUUAUUCAUUAGCCUACUACUUUCCUUGGAUGGCAAAAAGAUUCGGAUUGUCUGAAAAUGACAAGUUUACAAUGUUAUCCGGUAUUGCGCAUGAUCCAAUUCAAAGAGAUAUGUUUACCCCUUUGUUUUUAGGGGCACAGUUGUUAGUGCCUACUGCUGAUGACAUUGGUACCCCAGGUAAAUUGGCGGAAUGGAUGGCAGAGUAUGGUGCAACAGUGACACACUUGACUCCAGCCAUGGGACAAUUAUUGAGCGCAGAGGCAACAACAGCAAUCCCAUCGUUACAUCAUGCAUUCUUUGUGGGUGAUAUCUUGACCAAAAGAGACUGUUUGAGGUUGCAAACAUUGGCAGAGAAUGUCUACAUUGUUAACAUGUAUGGUACCACUGAAACGCAACGAUCUGUUUCUUACUUUGAAAUUGAGAGUAGAAAAGCCAAUCCCAACUACUUGAAAAAUUUGAAGGAUGUUAUGCCUGCUGGAACUGGUAUGCAAAAUGUCCAGCUUUUGGUGGUGAACAGAAACGACAGGUCACAAACAUGUGGUGUUGGUGAAGUUGGAGAGAUUUAUGUACGUGCUGCAGGAUUGGCAGAAGGGUAUCGUGGGUUGCCCGAUUUGAAUGCAGCAAAAUUCAUCACUAACUGGUAUGUUGAUCCAAAUACAUGGAUUGAAAAAGAUCAAGCCAAUAGUGCCAAUGAGCCAUGGAGAAGUGCCGGGUGGCUUGGCCCAAGAGAUAGAAUGUACAGAUCUGGUGAUUUGGGAAGAUACUUGCCCGAUGGGAACGUUGAGUGUUGUGGUAGAGCUGAUGAUCAGGUCAAGAUUAGAGGGUUUAGAAUUGAAUUGGGUGAAAUUGAUACCCAUUUGUCACAGCAUCCUUUGGUGAGAGAGAAUGUCACGCUAGUGAGAAGAGAUAAAAAUGAAGAGCCCACACUUAUUUCCUAUAUUGUACCAAGGGACUCACCCGAAUUGUCUAGUUACAAAUCUGAGUUUGACGAGGAUGCCGAAGAGGCAAAAGAUCCAAUUGUUAAAGGAUUGGUUGCUUAUAGAGAGUUGAUUAGGGAUAUCAAAGCAUACUUGAAAAAGAAGCUAGCAUCGUAUGCUAUUCCAACAAUCAUUGUACCCCUUGUCAAACUACCAUUGAAUCCAAAUGGUAAAGUAGAUAAACCCAAGUUGCCAUUCCCAGAUACCGCUCAACUUGUUGCCGUGUCCAGAUUGAGUCAAUCUGCCAAGGACAUAGAAACUACUGCGCAAGAGGAAUUGUCUGAUUUGGAACAACAAAUUAAGAAUCUUUGGUUUGAAGUUUUGCCUAACCGUCCAUCGAGUAUCAGCAAAUCCGAUUCAUUUUUUGAUUUAGGAGGUCAUUCAAUCUUGGGAACGAGAAUGAUUUUUGAAUUGAGAAAGAAGUUAAAUGUGGAGAUUCCACUUGGUGUGAUUUUCAAAAACCCAACAGUUGAGCAAUUUGCUAAAGAAGUUGAAAAAGUACUCAAGGGGAACAAGGAUUUUGAACUUGCCGGAGCAAACAAAAUUGAAGAAGACGCAGACAAGGAUGACAGCGAGAAAGAAGUUGCUAUUGAUUACGCUCAAGAUGCCAAAAAUUUGUCAUCUGUUGCCUUGCAUGCAAACUAUGACUCGUUGCAAGAGUUGCCUGGAAAAUCAAUAAAUGUUUUUCUUACCGGUGCCACUGGAUUCUUGGGUUCAUUUAUAAUUCGCGAUUUAUUAGAAGCAAGAAGGGGAACACUUGAUAUUAAAGUCUAUGCUCACGUCAGAGCAUCAUCAAAGGAGGCAGGAUUGGAGAGAAUCCGUCAAACUGGAGUCACUUACGGUAUCUGGCAAGACUCUUGGAAGGACCAAAUUGAAGUUGUUCUUGGAGAUCUCUCUAAGGAACAUUUUGGCUUGCCUGAUGUUGAGUGGAAACAAUUGACCAACACCAUCGAUGUCAUCAUCCAUAAUGGUGCAUUUGUUCAUUGGGUCUACCCAUAUUCUCAAUUACGUGAUGCAAAUGUUAUAGGUACAAUCAAUGUCCUCAACAUGGCUGGUGACGGCAAGCCCAAAAAUUUUGCAUUUGUGUCUUCGACAUCAACGCUUGAUACUGAUUAUUUUGUAAACUUAUCCGAUGAGUUGUUGAAACAAGGUAAAGAUGGUAUUCCAGAAUCCGAUGAUUUGGAAGGUUCAGCUAAGGGGUUAGGCAAUGGGUACGGCCAAUCCAAAUGGGCUGCCGAGUACAUUGUCCGUCGUGCUGGGGAACGUGGAUUACGUGGUUGCAUCAUACGACCAGGUUAUGUCACUGGAUUCACUGAAACCGGUGCAUCCAAUACCGAUGACUUUUUAUUGCGAAUGUUGAAAGGAGCUACUGAGUUGGGUUAUUAUCCUGAUAUUACCAAUAACGUGAACAUGGUCCCUGUGGAUCAUGUUGCUAGAGUAGUUACAUCAACUGCAUUGAGCCCACCUAGUGAUGUUGCAUUAACCGUUGCUCAAGUAACUGGCCACCCAAGAAUACAAUUUAAUGAAUUUUUGGGAUGUUUGAAAUCGUAUGGAUAUGACAUCAGCCCAUUAGAUUACCCCGUUUGGACUAGCAAAUUGGAGACGUUUGUUGUAGAUGAGCUGAAGGAAAGUGCAUUGUUUCCAUUGUUGCAUUUCGUUUUAGAUAAUUUACCACAAGACACUAAAGCACCAGAAUUGGAUGAUACUAAUGCCAGAGCCUCAUUGAAGAAAGAUGAAGCUUACACUGGUGUAGAUCUGAGUGCUGGGAAAGGUGUGACUCUUGAUCAGAUGGGUGUUUAUAUUAGUUAUUUGAUCAAGAUUGGAUUCUUGCCAAACCCACAAGGCAAAGGUGAGAAAGCGUUGGUUGAUGUUGAGAUUAGUGAUGAAACAUUGAAGUUGAUUGCCCAAGGUGCUGGUGGAAGAGGAUCAGCUGCAAAGUAA